UACGGAUGACACAAGAAGCUGUAUUGUUGUCUGAGUUUUGGAUUUGAGUUCUCUGCUUUUUAAGAGAUUGAUUGAUAGAAAACAGAAAGAGUAGCGGCCAUGGCGACGACGUCGGUGGAUUCUCCAAAGCCUGACACGGACACUGAGCUCGAUACCAAUCCCAACCUCAACCCUAACCCUAAUUCUUCAAACUCGUUAGUCCCCACCUCCUCCAAUGGCCCUGCUGUGUGCCUUCUCAGGUUCGCCGGAGACUCCGCUGGCGGUGCAUUCAUGGGCUCCGUUUUUGGCUACGGGGCGGGGUUGGUUAAGAAAAAAGGCUUUAAAGGAUCCUUUGCAGAGGCAGGAUCUUAUGCUAAGACAUUUGCAGUUUUGUCUGGAGUGCACAGCUUGGUUGUCUGCAUUUUGAAGAGGCUGCGAGGAAAGGAUGAUGUUAUUAAUGCUGGAGUAGCUGGAUGUUGCACUGGUCUUGCUCUUAGUUUUCCAGGUGCACCCCAGGCUCUUCUACAAAGCUGCCUCACUUUUGGAGCAUUCUCAUUUAUUAUUGAAGGCCUAAAUAAGCAGCAGCCAGCUUUGGCACAUCCACUCUCUGUGAGGAAGAAAAGUGAGCAACUUCCUCCCUUGGUGCUCCCUCUUCAACUUUCACUUCCAGGUGAACUAAAAGCGGGUUUCAGCUCAUUUUGCAAUUCCUUGAAGAACCACAAGAAGGGCACUUCUCACACAGCCUAAGAAAUUUUGUCUCAUCAUGCUUUUAUGCCUUUUGGUCUUGAAUUCAAGUGUUCCUCUUGCUGUUAUUUUUUUCUUCAAUUGCUGGGUAAGACAUGAUAGUAUGUGGUAUGUAAAUUUUUAGUUGAAAUUCUAGUUGCAAGUUAUGAAUUCACUUCUUGAUUGUGAAAUCUGGUAGAUUGAUGGUACACAUUGCUGAUUUUGCCGGAUUGAGGAACCAUGAA